UUUCGCGGCUCGGCGAAGGGCGGGGCAGCGGCAAUGGCAAUGGAGCGGCGGCCCGGGUAGUGCUGAGCCGGUGCCGGGCUUGGCGUGGCUGUCGUUCGUGUACCGCGCUCCCUCCUCUGCUCCGUGGCAGCCCCGGGGCGGGCCGCGGGUAGGCAAGGGGUACAGUCAGUUGUCCGCAGCGAUGAUGAAGGGGACGGUGGGCAGUCCGGUGGCUGCCGUGAUGCAAGAGAGCUUUGGCUGCGCCGUCGCCAACCGCUUCUACCAGCUCCUGGACGACGAGUCUGACCCCUUCGACAUCCUGCGCGAGGCCGAGCGCCGCCAGCAGCAGCGCAAGAAGCGCGACGAGGCGGCGGCGGCGGCCGUCAGGACAGCCGGUUCUGGCGGCAAGGCGGGCGGUGGCAAGAGGGAGUCCCAGAAGCAGCGCAAGCAGCCUGGGAGUCCCCCCGUGCCCGGGGGGCCGCCGCAAGCCGGCCAGAAGCGAGCACCCUGCUGGGGAGAACAGCAAGGGUUCGAUAACAGAAGAGCAGAGGUGAAACAAGACAAAAAUGAACAGAGACCAUCUUUCGGAAGAUAUCGUUCCAAUGAAACAGAAAGACAAGUGGAAUCCACAGUGGAAAGAUCAAAUGAAAGAUUAGACCGUGAAAGGCCAAUAAGAGGUCGUCGUGGAGGAGGCGGAAUGCGAGGUAGAGGAAGAGGUAGUGGAAUAAACAGAAGUUUUGAUGGCUUUGACCAGAGAGGAAAACGGGAGUUUGAAAGACAAAGUGGGAAUGUUAAAACAGGAAUGAAAGCCGCUGACAAAAAAGGUGGAAGUGGAGCUUACAACUGGGGAAGAGUUAAAGAUGAUACAAGUGGGAUGGAACAGACUGCUCCUAUGGAAGAAACUGCAGAAACUGAUGAGCAGCCAGGGGCAUCUGGAGGAGAGUCUCUGAACAAAGUUCCUGAAGGAGAGCCAAUGGAAGAAGUAGUUCAAGAAAUGACAUUAGAUGAGUGGAAAAGUCUUCAGCAACAGAAUCGACCAAAGCCUGAAUUCAACAUCCGAAAGCCAGAAUCCACUGUUCCUUCCAGAGCAGUGGUGAUUCACAAGUCAAAAUACAGCAAUCAUUUGCAAAAGGAAGAUUAUGAAGAUGAUUCUCAUGUCUUUCGAAGACCGGUGAAUGACAUAACAUCUCGGCUGGAUAUUAAUUUCGGGAGUCUUCCUCGCCCUGGCCGUGGAUCAAGAGGAGCACGAGGUGGUGGUCGUGGCAGACAAGUUGAAGAGAGAAGACCUCGAUCAGCAGUAAUGGUACAGCUUGUUGCUCCAAACCCUGAUGAUCCUGAGGAUUUUCCGGCUUUAGCGUGAAGAACAGUCAUGAAUGGUGAUGUCUCAGAGUAGUCUGUGAAGGGACUAGUUUUAUGCUGGUGUCGAUAAAGAAAAUCUGUUCCAACUGGAAAAGCUGUUUGGGUAUUAAGCGUGGAAUGAUUGCAGAUGUCUGCUAAUGAAGUGGGGUUCUGGAGACAUUGGACUGGGAUCAUGUCACAUGUUCCAGUGUCUGCUUCCAUUUGUGAAAAUUGUGUGAAGGCUUACGGUACUUUAUUACAAGGCUUCUAAUGAAGUUCAAGAGUACAGUGUUUAAAAAUGUGUAUAUAGAGAUUAUAUAAAAUUCUCCACAGUGAAAAUGUGAACCAUGGUGAAAUGUGAACCAUGGUGAAAUGUAACCUGUACAACAUGGUCUGCAGUUGGGAUGCUAUUUCACUGUAUAUUUGAAAGCUGCUUUCCCUGUUUCUUUGAGUGAAGUGUAUAUUUCACAAUCAUAUGUUGCACUUCUUCUUGAGUUUAGCAAAUAAAGGCUCACUGGUUUGGGUUUGAGGUAUUAUUUUCACAAGUCAGAGAAGCAGAUUGGAGCUUUUGCUAUUUAGAUCCAGUCUGAAAAAAACCCAAAAAACCACACAAACAAAAACCCCAAAUAAACAAAAACCCCAGCACAAAACGAAAACCCAAACCAACAAAAAAACUUCCACCCCCUAAAAAAAACCAAACCAAAACCAACAAUGAAAAAACAAUGAAAACAAACCCAAAACCAAACCAACCUAAACAGAUCUUACUUGCCCAAGACAGUGAGCAUCUCUGUAAGCAGAGGUGAUCUUUAAAAUGGAGGCAGCAGAUUCUUUCAACUAGUAUUUAACCAUAAGUCUUACUUCAAUAACAAGAUAUAAUCUGCAACUCCUUUGAAGAUGUUGAAAGUGAAGUACAGUAAGAACUUUUAGCUAAUGACAGAACUAAACUGUUAAGCUUUUAAUUUUAGCAGGAGUGACUACAAUGUUUCAUGCCUUACCAAGAAGUUUGUGUGACACCAGGGAAUAGGUGGGAUGUCCUUUCUUUGCAGCUUUAACAUACUUCCUCACUUGAGCCACAUACCCUAACAUUCCCUGUCGAACGGGGAGGGGCACACUCUCAGAGCCAUUCUCAGGGAUGUGAGAGCAACAAGGAUAUGGUGCCAGAAGUGAUGAGGGAAAGAAAUGAGAGGACAACCACACUGGAUGUUUUGAAUAUAGCUGUCAGCCUCAAAGGAGUCUACAAAUGCCUGCUCAACUUGAACUCAUUUUUUCUAUUUGCUGGGAAAGCAGAUGAAUGUAAACUUUUUUUUUUUCACCCGUUCUCUGCCUGUUCUCUUGUUUUGUAUCACUUCGAAGCAGUUUCCUUUGAGAGCAAAUAGUGGAUGAGAUGAAGGAAAAAACCCUGUUGCUUCUGAGUAAGCUCUACGAGUAUUCAGAAACUUAAUGUAACUCAUCUCAGUGGUAAGGCUUUACACAGUAGGCUAUAAUCGUCCUAGAAAGGCUACUGACUCUUUCCUAUAUGCUCCAAACAGAUGGUCUGUGAAGUAGUGCUGCCCAAAGGACCUUUUUUACACUGUUAAAUUACUGAUGUGACAAUUAGCUAUAACAUGAGAUUUCAGAUUCCACAAGUUGCUCGUUGUAGUGGUAUAGAGAUACUCAGACAACCUGUAAUAAAACAGUGUGCAAAAGCAAAAGAAGUGCUGGUUUUAGAGGAACCCAUGCUGCUGCUUUUCGAGUAAUUGAACUGGAUGGAAUAAUGUAAAUGACCGUUUUGCCUUGGAGGAGCAAGCUACUACUUGAAAUCAUUGCAGUUUAUGAUGUAACUGCUGCAGCUCUUCUAAUCAGUGUUGGGUGUUUCUGCCAGAAAUGGCAGUUUUGUGAUUGUGGAACAGAAGUGACUUUAUCUGUGGGGUCUUGGAAUUUUUUUUUGCUUGUUCUUCCCUUCCUGUUCCCCUUAUCCCAUCAGACAGGGAAGAACGUGUCUGAAUUUUUACUGAUGUUUUUGCUUGCAAGAGUAAGAGUUAUGUAUAGGUGUGGAGAGCUCCUUUGCAAGGCUCACCUCCAUUUCCCAUUGUGUUUUGAAGGUGUAGGCUUUUCAUUUACAAACACCUCCUUUUUGCUGAGGAAAGCAAUGAAAUACGUGAAAGCAACCCUUCCUUUUUCUACUAAAAAUUUGAAACCUUGUUAUGCUACUGGACUGAAUCAGAUGUAAUGCAUUUGCUUCUGUUCUGACUGUUCUCUGGGAAGGCUGAAAGCAUUGUUUUAUCUCUCAGUCUGGUUCCUGCUCCUGCAAAGUUACUGUUUCCUCUCCUAACUUUGAUCUCUCUUUUCAAAACAGAAUAGCAAAUAGGGUCUUUGGGGACUGCUUUAGAGGACUUGUCAAAAUAUAUCUGUAUAAUGAGCAUUUCAUCAGGAGAUUGUUAAAAACCUCCUGUUUAAAAAAAAAAAAAAGAAAAAAAAAAAGGGCUGGUUUUAAGACAUUUAAUUUAAAAAAACCAAGCAAAAACCUGAAAACAAAACAACCCCACAACCCACCCAACCCAAAACCUUGUGAAAACGAGGUUUAGUGUAGCUCGUUACUGCUAAUUAAACCAAAAGUGUCUUAGAGCAGCGAGGUGUGACAGUUUUCUCUUUCAGUCUGUCAGACUUGAAUACGGCUUACACUAUCUAGUUGAUAGUGUCUUAGCAUAGAGAGGGAAUUAUAAAUUGCAAGUGGUGACAGUCAUCCAGUUCCUUUGCUUAGCUGUGGAAAGAGAACUUGUUAAAUCUCAGUCAUCUGUCAUGUUUAAGUAUCAAAAUAGCUGUGUCUGUUAAGCGCAUGUCUGCUGCUAACAGUUACUUCUGGUUUAGUUUUACUCCCUCAUGUAUAGCAAAUAGUAGCAGUUGUAAAUAUAAACACUAGUAAAACAUAGCAUGCAUCUUAGGAAAAGAUUAAGUUGUGUUGCUUACUCAUGUUACUCUCUAAUGCGCUACUACAAGGUGUUCUGCUGUUAGGAUUACUGUAGCGAGUGGCGUAGGAAAAACUACUGCAUUUCAGCUUUGAGUUUUAGAUUAAUAUAAAUCACAGUAAGUUUCCAAAGAAAGGAAUUCACCUCUCUCUAUUACUAUGAAAGUGCCUUGAAAGGAAAGAGGAAUGUCUGUGCUUAACUUAAAAACACUAAAGAAUAACUAAACAGACUCAGAAGUAAAAAGCCCUGGUAAAAAAACUUUAGUUAGAGCUUUCAGCUCUGAUUACACUUGUUCAUGUGUAGACAGGGCUUGGGGUAUGUGCAGUCUUUGGGCCCAAAACCAAGAUCUGUAGCCCUAGUACACUGAUGUCAGUAAGAUUAUUCUCACAUAAUGUUCAAGCCUUUAUUUUUCCUUUCAGAGCCAUCACAGGCACAUGCGCACACACAAAUCCACAUCUAUAUAUAUAUAUAUAUCUAUACACGCAGACAUAUAUGCAGUGCUGAAAGUAAUGCAACAGUGACUCACUGUCAGUGCAUCAACAAUUGAAUGUGAAACAUGGGUUAUUUUUGCAUUUCAGUCACCAACUAACAGGCGUGGAAUUAAGAGCUUUUCUCUUUAAGUAACAUAAGCUGGGCAAGUACUGAGCAGUUUGUGCUUGGAGGCUUUGGAAGAAGUAGUAACUGUUACACUUUGGCUCUACUACUUAGAAUUUAAUGUGGAAUACAUGAAAUCUUCAGCUGGGUAUUACCUGUCUGCAAACAAAUGCCUUUCUGAAGGUGUGAUUCAACAAAUGUUGCAGAGAGCUGCAUCUUCACAGCAGCUUUAGAUACUGCAUCACACUUCAUGGCCGUGUUAUGUCUGAGACAAACUAGCACUUAAUGAACUGAAUAAAGUUUUUGCUCACCCUG